CCUUUAACUGCCCAAAAGAUUCUCCAGCUAGCUUUCUCAACAUCAUUUUCUUUCUUCAUCUCCUUCUUGUGUCUAUCUCUCUCUCUCUCUCUCUAAAUCAUCCAUCUCUUUUUCUUGCUCUCUUGUUCUUGAAUCUUUAAACUAAAAAGAGAGACAAAUACUCAUAUAUAUUGUUACACUCUAAUAUAGUCAUGGCCGUUGUGGUAGAAGAAGGCGUGGUGUUGAAUCAUGGAGGUGAAGAGCUUGUGGAUUUACCACCUGGUUUUAGGUUUCAUCCAACAGAUGAAGAGAUCAUAUCAUCCUACCUCAAAUCAAAGGUUUUAGACAGCCGAUUCACGGCUGUGGCCAUGGGAGAAGCCGAUCUUAACAAGUGUGAGCCCUGGGAUUUGCCAAAGAGGGCAAAGAUGGGGGAGAAAGAGUUUUACUUCUUCUGUCAACGGGACAGGAAGUACCCGACCGGGAUGAGGACGAACCGUGCGACCGAGUCCGGUUAUUGGAAAGCGACCGGGAAGGACAAGGAGAUCUUUAAAGGCAAAGGUUGUCUCGUUGGGAUGAAGAAAACACUUGUGUUUUAUAGAGGAAGAGCUCCACGAGGUGAAAAAACUAAUUGGGUCAUGCAUGAAUAUCGUCUUGAUGGCAUAUAUUCUUAUCACAAUCUCCCCAAAACCGCAAGGGACGAGUGGGUUGUGUGUAGGGUUUUUCACAAGAACAAUCCUUCCACUACAACACAACACAUGACGAGAAUGCCCAUUGAAGAUCUCACAAGAACGGAUUCUCUAGAGAACAUUGAUAACUUCCUAGACUUCUCAUCUUUACCACCUCUCAUAGAUCCGAGUUUCACGGGCCAACCAAACUUCAAACCCACCUACGACAUCUCAUCACCAAUCCAACCACAUCACUUCAACUCUAACUACCCAUCAAUCUUUAACCACCAGGGUUUUGCUUCUGCUUCUGGUUCGGGCUCUACAUACAACAACAAUAUGGAGAUGAUCAAGAUGGAGCAGUCUCUUGUUAGUGUAUCUCAAGAAACCUGCCUAAGCUCAGAUGUGAACGCGACCACGACCGCAGAGGUAUCUUCUGGUCGGGCAAUGAAGCAAGAGAUGAGUAUGAUGGGAAUGAUGAAUGGUAGCAAGUCCUAUGACGAUCUUAUGGGACUACUGAAUAAUUUUACUUAGUUUGGGAUAAUUAUGAUUAUUUUAUUAUUUAAUUGUGAUGAAAGAUUAUAUUUGUGGUAGUUAAUAGUUAAAAACAUAUAGGUUUUACUAAGGGAUUUAUCCUAAUAAUGUUCGCUUUAUUGAUCUUAUUUAGUUGAUUGGUUAAUUAGGGGUUGUGAUUAUUUGGGAGUUUUAGUGCAUAGGUAAUAUAUUCCAAUGUACACUGUUGUAUUAUACAUAUAAUUUCAUAUAUACAGUUUGUUAUACAGUUU